AUGUCCGCCAUGGUAACCACCUCGGAACGACUGACGCGGGCCCCCGUAAUAUCCGCGUUCCCUCUCUUGGGGCUUGCUCGGAUCGCGGCCUUCCCCCCCGCCAGCAGCGUCAUCAUGCCUUCGCAAUAAUCCGUCCACAUUUCCAUGAUCGUAGUCUCUGUUCUGGUUGAAGCUACCGCGGCCGCCCCUACCUUGACUAAGUCCACGGCCACCGCCGAAAGAGCCGCGUGUCGGUGCGUUACUGCUCCGAGCAUCCUUCACUGCAGCAUCGAAGGACGAAAAUUAACAGCAAGGUUUUAGGAAAUUCUCUUUCCAACACGAGGCAUAGCCGAUUGCUGCGUAAGCGCGCGACCUCUGAUUCCAGAACGACCCCACUUUCCCCCGGGCAAAGCCGACAUGAGAAAAAUUACAGAAGCGCAUCAUAAAACAGCAGGCCGCCGCCGCCGAAGUUUAAGCGAGCGUCCACUGUAUGGACAAGGAUUUCCUGAAGGCCGAGCUCUGAAAAAAAAAUUAAAAUUACCAGAUUGUGCCGGAGGAGCUGGCUUCGAUGGGAGCUUCGCCGACACCGGGGGCACUUUGGGAGCUGCAGCGCUAAGCGGUUUCUUGGCUGCUAUCUUCUGCCGCUGCGCCGCAAUCACCUGCGACAGAUCGUCGCCGUCGCCAUCCCCAAGAAGAGCAAAGGGGUUACCGGUGGCCAUCUCGAAAGAUGCGACCGAGAGAGGUCUGGCUGGUGACGCUACUAUAAUAUAGAGGUACGCAAAGCCAUGGCUAGCCCUCGGCUAUGGAGAAAAACUCUCACAACUCUCACAUAUCAGGGGCUUGCAGCGGCGGGGAGCGCGCAAGGGAAUCAAGUGUACUUCUGUCAGUGAUGGCGGGGAGCUGAAGAACCCUAGUGGGACGCUUAUUGUGAUCUUUUUUAAAUUCACUAUUAAAAACAUAAUUUAAAUAGGACAAAAUAAAUCAAUUAUUACGAUUAUACCAAUACCUCGGGACAGAUAGGGGAAGGAUACCACUGUCAUUUCGUCAUAUUAGACAGAGGAUACGACCGCCACGUCGAGCGGAUUCUCUCUCCUAGUUCGAAGUGGGAGCGCUCCGAUUUUCUCCACUGCCGCCAUAUUCUGCGGGCGUUAACGCAUUCCUCUGUGUUCUUCUUCUCCCUUGUGGUUCUGAAGGAAGACUCCAGGCCAGGCGUGAUCGGCAUGCCAUCCCUGGGUGCUUUCCGUGCCGCCCUGUCCGCCUCCAGCAGGCUGACUUCCCGGGAAUUAAGGGGUCAGAUACUGCGUGGAUUGACUUCCGGUGAGACAUGUCUCCCUAUUGUGUCCUUCUUAGCUUUAAUGGCCUGCGCCCGCUUAUCGCUGGUUGAUAGCAUUUGUCUUCUGUUUUCAGAUGUCUGGCAGGGAAAUGACGACAUUGUGCGGGAAACAGAGUCUAUGAUCCAUCCGACUGCUGUGAUUCAUUCCGGGGCAGUCAUCGGACAGGUCCUUCAUCCACACUGUCCGUACUCUGAUUUAUUGGUUGUAUGGAUUUGAGGUUUUGGGAAGUCCUUCUGCAAUACAGUGGUAUCUCCAUUGCCUUUUGGGUUAUAUACGUGAGGAACUUCUUAACAGUGAUCUACAGCUCCCUCCGUUCGGCCCCGUGGCAUGCAACUGGUUUUCAUUUUGAUCAUCGAAAGGGUAGUGAAAAUACGUGAUCGAUGACGGCUUCCAGAUGUUACUUACUGUUGAUCAGCUGUACUAUAUAAUGAUUACUUUUUAUUCUUCCAGAGAACAAGGCUCCAUUAAGGGUAAAUGUAUUUUAUGAAAUUGCCUGAUUGAUCGUCUGGGAAUCACCAUCAACAGUAAUGUGGGUUGCCUCUUACUCCCGUUUUGGCCAGUACAUGGCCAUGCAGCUUGGGAGGCCCGGGUGAACAAAUAACCGAAUUCAUUCCAUCCCAAUUUAGCGUUGUUAGGCUGAAGUUAGCAUGGUACGGCUGGGUGAGGACAGGAGUUUCGAUCUUAAGUUCGAAUUCGAGCGAGAUAAGCCCCACUUCAGCCUAAGUUAUCUAGCUGAAUUACAGUCUCUCAUACACAUCCUACCUCAUUUCGUUCGCCUGUCGAUCGAUUUCCUUAACCUAGGUAGUUUCCAUCAAUUGUUUAUACCUUGCAAUUGUUCUAAGAAGAAGAAAUUUUUCUCGACUGUUAAUCCUUGUAUGGUUUCCAUCAGGUUUCAGUGUUGUGCUCUAGUGAUAAUUUUGUAAUGGAAAUGAAGAGUACAGAAGAAGAGGUACCAAUGGAUGUCCUGCGAGAUCUCUGUUUAGUUUAAAGUAACCCAAAUAAUAACUUUUAUGGGACAAAUCUCCAGCACCCUGAGCUGUUGGGGAACUCAACAUAUUACUGGUCAAUUGAUAUAACCUCUGCUGUUAUUCUACUAGAUGCCUGCGGGUUCUCUGUUAUUGGAAUUUCAAAAAAAAGACAAUCAAUUUCGCACAGCCACACCUAGGCAUUCAUUCAGAACUCUUAAAUAUAUCGCCUGGUUUUCUGGCCCUGGGCCUGACGGUUUGAACCAGAUAAUCGUAACCGUGUUCCUUUUGAGGAAAAGCCCAUCUCACAAAGAAGUUAUAAGAUAUUAUCAUAAUAAAGACAAUGGCACCAGAAAAGGAGAAAAGGAAAAAUAAUAGCCUUUGUCUAUCUGAAAUCACUGGGAUCAUGUAAAAUAUGUAUCCAGCUGGUGAAUCCUGUCUCUGAAAGCACUUUUACAAAAGUUGGAAUCAGAGAACAGGAGUUUAAUCAUUUUUCCUGUUAUUUUCCUUUGUAUUUUUUAUCUAACCUGUUUUUAAAAUGUUUACUUGAAGGGAGUAUUAGUCGCUGCAUUUUGUACAAUUGGGUCUGCGGUGAAGGUCGGAGAUCAUUGCCAGUUGCAUCCUGGCAGCCACAUUUUUGGGGAUACAGAGUUGGGAGAAAACUGCAUUUUAUUAGCGUAUGAUCAUUUUAUCGUUUGAGACGAUUCAUUUAGUUUCAAUUUUUUUUUAUCCUUCUUGAGUUUCAUGCUUCGCCUUAGAUUAUUUUAUAGCCUCAGGGACAAGUAGAUAUAUUUUACACAUUAGUUUACUUGCGUGAGCUUGAAAUCGUGAGGCAGUGGUGCCAUUGUUGGCGCCAAUCUUCCAGGAUCUACAAUAAUUGGAAGACAAAACACAAUCGGUCACCAUGCGGUUGUUGGAACUAAGUGCCAAGAUCUGAAGUACACGGUUAGUUUAUGAAUAUCCUUAUAGAACUCAUUAUUUUUUCCAGUAAAAAAAUAUAUAAUUUUGAGCUGUUUCUGGAAGGAAGGCAUAUGCAGAUUUCAUCUAAUGUUCUAUUAUUCCUUUAGUUAUUGAUGGAUUAAUUAUCAGUCAAGCUGUAAGUAUAUUCUUGCUGAUGGGUAUUAUAUUUAAUAUACAAUGACUUGCUGUUCUAGACAGGAGAUGAAUGCUUCCUCCAUAUUGGUGAUAACAAUGAUAUCAGAGAGUAUGCAUCCAUUCAUCGUUCUUCGAAAUUUACUGACAAAACAGUAAGCACAUUUCUCAUGCGCCUGACAUUUUUAGACAUCACUUCGAUUUUUUAAAUGAUUCCCUUUUCAACUGCCAGGUUAUUGGCAACAAUAAUCUUAUUAUGGGAUCUUGCCACAUUGCCCAUGACUGCAAAGUUGGUAACAACAAUAUUUUCUCAAAUAACUCUCUCUUCGCAGGACAUGUGGAGGUGGAAGUAGGUCAUUUCUUCUCAUUGUUGCCUAGGUAACCAAUAUCUACGAGAGAAAAUUGGUAAUUAAUUUAUCUGUGAUCUUUAACCUGUAGGACUAUGUUCGCACUUCAGGGGCUAGCGUUGUUCACCAGUUUUGUCACUUAGGAUCACACUGUUUCAUCAGCGGUGGUUCUGUGGUAUGUUAUCCUCAUAUCUUUUAGGCCUUGACCAUGGCAUUUUUCAUGGGAAUCACUUCUUUAUCGAUUAUUCCAUGGCCUUCGUUUUAUUUUAUUUUAACAUACAUACAAUCUUUAUUGAUGCAGGUUACACAGGAUGUCCCAAGAUUCAUGAUGGUUUCUGGAGAUAGAGCUGAAAUUCGUGGGUUGAAUCUGGAGGGACUUCGUCGCCGUGGCUUCUCAUCAUUUGAGGUUAAGUUUUUUUAUUUUAUUGAAUCGAUAAAUAUAAAAUUACACUUUGCUACCUCAUUAUGGUCCUCAUUAACAUUCGUGAAAUCUAUGUCUUCUUUGAAGCAAACUCCUGCUUAAGGAACUCUUCCCCAAUUAAAAUCCCUAAUAAUGUUAGUUUCCAUCUGCACCCUUUGCCUUUUGCCCAUGAGAUGAUGUUUUUACGUGAAGAGUGGUCAUUUUUACCAGCAGGAGAUAAUUGGGAAUACCCACCCAUUUCUUCUUUUGAAUAGAUUUUUUAAAAAAUCUCAUUUUCUACAAGAUACUAAUUAUUUUUUUGUGAGAAUUCUAGAUUCGGGGCAUGAAGAGGGCCUACCGAAAGAUCUUCAUGCCUUCGGAGCAAUCCUCAAGCUUGAUUGAACAACGCCUAGCUGAAGUGGUAGAAACAUUGUCACUAUGCCGUUGAGAAUUCAAGCUUAAUCUUUCUUAACAGGGUGUUGACGUGGGCUUGCGAUUUUACAGGAGCAAGAUGAAGAGCUUGCCGCCUUUCCUGCUGUGCGUUCCAUGGUCAAAUCCAUCCGCGGCUCCUUCCAGACGGACCGACGUGGGAUUUGCCACUUCAGAAAUUGGCUGGCUCCUGAAUGA